GGCGAGCUGAGAUAAAUCGUCGUCGAAUUGAAAGAGAUGAGCCCCGGCGAGCUGAAAUAAAUUGUAAUCAAAAUGAAAGAAAUCAGGCUAGGCGAGAACUUAAUAGGUAUAAUAUGCAUCGCAUAGCAAGAAAUAAUAUUGCUAUAGAGAGUAACUACCUCGGAGAAUUAAACCAUAAUUGUCAGUAUUGCAGUGCAAAGAAGUUUUUAAAUGAAACUCAUUUUUUGUGCUGCCAUUCAGGAAAAGUUAUAUUAGCUCCUCUUUCUCUUUAUCCGCCAUUGUUGACUGGUUUAAUGACAGGAAACCAUGUUGGUCAUGCUGUAAAUCAAAAUUUUUUUUAAACACAUAAGGAGUUAUAAUUCCUCUUUAUCUUUUGCUUCCUUCACUGCCGAAAUAGCUCCUCCCUCAAAUAAUGGCCCUUUCUGUUUUAGGGUCUGUGGGCAAAUUUUGCAUCGUGUUGGAAAUUUAAGGCCUGCAGAAGGUUGUCUGCCCAAAUAUUGUCAGCUGUAUAUCUAUGAUCCUAAUGCAGCAGUGUCAUUCAGAAUGGAACAACCUGGUAAUGAUGGUUGUAUACAUGAGUUAAUGCAACUCUUGCAAACAUUAAUUAAUCAAGAAAACCCAUUUGCUCUUGCAUUUAAAAACAUGGCAGAAGUAGAGGAUGAAGAAAUCCGCCAAGCAGCUUUAGAAGGUAGACCAACCUCUGUUGUAAGAAUGUUUUUGCUUGAAGGUCAUGAUAGACGUCGAUACAAUCUUCCUUCCCAAGAGGAAGUUGCUAUUGUGUUUGUGGGAGAUAAUGGUGCUCCAACUGCAUCCAGGGAAAUUGUUAUAUACCCUCGAGGUCAGCCUUUAAGAACAAUUGCUUCUUCUGUUACAACUGCUGCUUCUUCUGUUACAAGCUCGAAGUCAUGGGAAGAUUUCCGAAAGUAUCGCUCCCAGCAUCCAGGCCCUCUAUCUAUGAGGGCCUUCCAUCGCUGGUGUUUGUAUGGGGACGACCAUCCCUCCUUUAGAUGGAGGGAUGGCACCCCAUACAACACGGGGAAUAGAGCGGAUGCUGAAAUUGACAACUUUUGAGCCACUUCAUUUUUUUUUUG